CGUCAACUGACAUGUACGUUAGGAGAAACUAGCUAGCUAAAGUGUUUAAAAAGCUACAAAAGCUAAUUUAUACGUCGUGUAGCUAGCAAUUUAGAGGGUUAUUAGUAUUGUUCGGUUAGCUUAAGUUCAGCUAACGUUAGCUAGUUGACACUGGAUGUUUAACGUCCAGCUCUUUUCAAUAUAAAUGAGCAACUAGCCAGCUAAAGUGUUGAAAAAGCUACAAAAGCUAAUUUACACCAUUUAUUUCGUGUAGGCAACUUGUUAUCGAGCAAUUUAGAGGUUUAUUAGUCUUGCUAGGUUAGCUUAAAGUUAGCUAACGUUAACUAGUUUACACUAUGGAUGUUUUACGUCCAGCUCUUAUCAAUAUACAUGGAAGAAUAUACCGGAGGAAUGUCAUUAAGGAAGAACAUUAUGAGGAAGAGGAAGAUAUGUCUUACAUGGGACCACCAGAGAGUGAAGACUUGGCAGAAGAUGAAUCCUGUGAUGCCAACUUCAUUGAGCAAACUGAUAAGGGAUACCGCUGUGCCAUUGAUGUGCCAAGUGUCCUUUACAAAUACAUCAUUGGGAAAAAAGGAGAGACACGCAGACGCCUGGAGUUUGAUACAAAGACAUCUAUCAGCAUCCCCAAACAAGGAGUGGAAGGACAGAUAGUUAUCACAGGUUCCCACAAAUCUGCGGUCUCAUCUGCAGUCACACGAGUCGAGGUCCUCAUUGAGAGUUUCCGGAAGAAGCAGCCUUUCACGCACUUCCUGUCAUUCCCUCUGAACGAUCCCAAAAUUCAAGAAGGAUUCCUGAGCUUUAAAGACGAGGUGUUGAAGCAGUGCUCACAGGAUAAUGGAAUAGAUGGAAGCAUCUUUCAGAACGCCGCAAAGCUUCACCUGACCAUCGGCACCCUGGCUCUGUUGAAUGACACAGAAGUGAGAAAAGCAUGUGAACACCUUCAGGAGUGUCAAAAUGUAAUCAGGGACAUCACAGAAGGGAAUCCACUGCAGGUGGAGGUGACGGGUAUAGAGUACAUGAACGAUGACCCAGCCAUGGUGGACGUCUUGUAUGCCAAAGUCAAUGUGAAAGACAAGUCAGACAAGCUGCAGGUGAUUGCCGACCGGCUGGUAGAGCACUUUGUCUCAGCGGGGCUGAUGGUCAGAGAGUGGGACAGGGUGAAGCUGCACGGCACUGUGAUGAACACUCUGUUCAGAAAGGACUCCACAGUUGAAGACACGGGCGUCCCUGGAAGACAAGCCUUGAGUGAAAGAGAGGCUUUUGAUGCCAGAAACAUUUUAAAGGUUAGAGGAAAUUUACUCCUGCCUGCCCUUUCUCAUACUGCUGGAUUAUAGACACUCUGACCUGUUCUCUCUACUUGAUAUCACAUAAUUACACAUGAGGAUUUUGAAAGAUUUUUUUUCUGUAGGCCAAAUGAAAACGUAAAGGUAAGCCUGAUUAAAAAAACUGGGCAGUCAAACUUUAUUUGUAUGGCACCUUUCAUACAGGUUAAUGUAGUUCAAAGUGCUUCACAGAUGUCAGAUAGGCUGGUAAUAAGACAGAAAAAGUGUAAAAACAUAAAGGCAAUUUAACAAUUUGAGAGAAAAUAAAAGAAUAAAAUCAUGAAAAUCUAAUAAAAAUAAAUAAUUUAAAAGCUAUAAUAACAGUGAUAAUAGUAAAACAAAGUGAAAUAAAACAUUAGAUUAGAGAACUAGAUAAAAAGACAAAACAAGAAUAAAAAUUAUGACAAUAAAAUACUGGUUAAAGCUAUAAAAUUUAAAAAAAAAUGAAAUAUAUAAAAGCCAGACCAAAAAUGGCAUAAAAUAGAUUAAAAAGGCUAAACAAAGCAAAGACAAAUAAAAUCGGUAAGAGGGAAAAAUAUAACAAAGAAAUAAUAAAAAAAAUUAGAUAAAAUAAAAAUAAUAAUCAAUAUUCAUAGAGAACUUUUCUCACAAGAGAUGUAGCUCAAAGUGCUUCACAUUAAA